AUGGAGUACGUUUAUUGUCGUCAGAAUUACAGUCGGGAUUCUAGAGGUUACGGACAGAAUAAUACGCUUCCCUUAGGUUUUUGUGUGCAAAGUGUAACUGUCGGUUCUUUCUCUUAUAGUUCAGUUGAGUUCACGGAAUCACAGAAUCGAAAACGAGGCAGCAAUCGAGUUGCAAAACAUCGAGUUACGACGUUGUUUGCCGAAGAGCCAUUUGCAAUACGGGUGGCGCCUAGAGAGAGUCGAUCGGGACGCCGUGUUCGACGUAUACAGAAGGCGUUGUCCUCGGUAGUCACAACUUUGUUUUUGGAUAAGAAAUCGAACGGAUCUAUGAGUUCUAUGCGAGCUUCAUCGGAGGAUGCUGAGUAUAGGCCGUGUUUUUUUGCUUCACCUCGGGUAGUCUAUUCAUUUGUCGAAACCAACAACUGUGAUAUUUUUGACUACUUGCUAAUUGGUCAAUUUAUCGAGAAUGAAAUCAAAUUCGAAUUGAGAUUAUUGAAUAGGAAACCGAAAAUGUAUAAUACAACAUUAUUCAUCUCCUCAACUCAGACAACGGCGGUUAUGACGAUGAGCUCCAUAAAACACCGCCGCCGAGGACGCCCUCGCAAACGGCUUCAAAUCGAGGCUCCACACAUGACUAUGAGUUCACCAACAUCUUUGCGACGGCUGACAGUCGCUGCUGAUGAACCGUCGAGCUACCGUGGUCGUAAACGAAAGGCAGCGAUGGCGUUUAUGAAAAAUGGGAAGGAUGAACGCUUAUUGGAUGAGAAAUUUUUGAAAAAAUGUGGAAGAAGAGUAAUGGAGGUGUAUUCCAAAGUUAUCAAAGAGUACGAUGAGAGAAUAAGGAAGGAAGAAGCGCUUUGCAACGCCAUUCUUGAGAAAGACAGUGUCCUCAAGUCGCGGCCAAUUUUGUACGCAAGUCCGAAGAUCGUCAAUUACGGAUACAAGUCUAUGAACCGUAUGAAACGACCCAACUUCGCAAAAAUCAUAGAGAAACUACCUCUGCGUCGAUAUCAUACCUACGACGAUUCAACUCCAACUCGACUUGAAAUUCCUCCUGAUGAUUUAAGCGAAUUCAUCACUCAUUUUAAGAUAACGGAUUGCCGUAAUAUGAAUGCACAGCGUUGUGGUGUUCGCUUUCUUCCUGCCCUCGAACUUCGUCCAAGAACGGCAUAUUGGGUUCACACAGAAUGCAAUAUCAGGGCAGAUGAAGAACAUAGGCUUUCACAUAUUCCUUUCGUCAGUGAAGACCAUGACGAUAAACAAUUCUGUGCUGAACUGAGAAAGUUGUACGACGAGCAAGCCGAUUUCAAAGAAAAUUCUGAAACGAAAGUUGUUCAACCAUUGCCAACAAAAUACAAUUUAGCUGGUCCAUACGAUGAAGAUGUAAAGCCGUUUAAACGACGGCAGGGAGAGAGAGCACCAAGGGGAAAGCCAUGCAGUUCCCAUUGUCAUCUCAUCGAAGUGAAUGGCAAAAACUUGGUUACGAAUGGAAAAGUAGCACCGUUUGCGAAUCCGACACUGAUGAAUAUUUUGGUGGCAUUGUUAGCUGGUGAACAAACGUCGAUCUGCCUCAUUACCGCUCAGAUGAGCAUGAUUUGUCAAGAUAUUGGAGUGGAGUCACGCACAUGCAGUGAAAUCUAUCGCCUUGCGGCACAAUUAGCUGAGGCAAAUCCAAGUCUAACACCUGACCAAAAGAAAAUAAACACAGAUCAUUUCGAUCCUUCACUUGGGCUGAUGGAAAAGGACAGGUUGAGAAUAAAGAACGAAUGGUUCCGUGUUCGCAUCCUGGGCAUUGUGAUGGCAAUAGGCAGUGUGUUUGUUCGUCAGCUAGCGGUAUUUGCAGUAAGUUUUGUGGAUGCCCUCCCGAUUGUCGAAUGCGGUUUCCUGGCUGUCGGUGUGCACCGGGUAAUUGUCGAACAAAGCAGUGCCAGUGCUAUUUUGCGCGAUGGGAGUGCGACCCAGAUCUUUGCAAAUCUUGUAAAUGAUCUAUCUAUGGACGGAGAGAAAUGUCGCAAUGUACCUCUUCAACGUGGACAUCAGAAGCUUCUCAAGGUUGGCAUAUCUGGAAUCGCUGGAUGGGGUUGCUUCAUCCAGGAAACAGCCGAUAAGGCGAGUUAA